CAAAUAGGUGUGCUUCAAUAAGAAAAUGUGACACUUGCUCCAGAAUUAAAUUGUAGUCUUUUUUCCACCUCUAGUUAGCUAGCUCUGGAGAGAAUGAAUUGGGAUUCCAGAUUUGCAUCCAUUGUGAAGGAGACAGAGCAAAAUCUUGCAAAAGUGAAGUCUCAGCUACGGAGUCCCCUAACACUCAGAAGGUCUGGUGUCACACCUCCAAGUUAUGCUAACCUGGUCGAUUCACCGAUGAGCCCUCACAUCACUCCUGGUAUACUAAAGGAGACAAGAGGAAGAGAAGCACAUCGACGUCGCAGUGUGAGCUUUGAUCUCGGCUCUUCGGCUGGGGGUCAAGGGUCAAUCACACAAGGCGGAGGGGCUGUGAUGUCCUUACUCACCACGAGAAUUAAAGACCAGCAAAAGGAGAUCCUCAGCCUGCAAGAAUCCCUGGCCUCACUGCAGAGGUCCCUCCAGCAGCAGGAGAGGCAAGUACAGUCAGUUAAUGUGGAGCUGAAGAAGCUACAGAGCAACAGACCAACCAGCACUGUCACUGACACACAGUUCCAACAGUUCAAGCUACAAGUGAGGAGGGAAAUGGAUGACUUCAAGAGCAGACUCUCGUCCUCUCAUUGGAGCAACUCUCCUGGCAGCCACUCAGUGCAAGCAAUAGCUCAAGAACUACACACCAGCAAGAGGUUGUUAAGAGGUGACAUUGAGAGUAUGCAGGAAGACAUCUCAUCUCUAAAGUCUAAACUCAGGUCUUAUGAAUCUGACAUAGGACUGGUUGGUACUAGCGUGAGGGACAUGGAGAGAAAGCAAGACAGGCUACAGAAGACUGUGUCUGGACUGCUAGAGUGGCGACAGGGGGAGGAGGUUGGUAGGAGCAGACACACUAGCUCAGUACAAGACCACAACUCUCAGUUACAGAGAACAAAGCAGUUGAUGUCAGACCUUCAGUCUCGACUCUCCCUACUGGAGCACAAGUCAUUCCUAGGACCGCAGCAGCGUGACUCCACUCUGCUCACUGCUGACCUAGACCCACCCUCCCAGGCCACCAACCUCAGCAGUAGCUACCCUCUCUCCACUGGCACCAAAUCUCACUCUUCCAGCGCCCGAAAUCUGUUCUCCUCCUCUGCCAGAGGGUCUGGAAAUAAUAACUCUCCCAGACCAAGCUCGUCUGUUCGAUCACCUCAUGGAUUGUCAUCUUUGUCGAGGGAUUAUUCUUACAAGAGACCUUCGACAAGUCGGCGAAAUCCUCUACAUACGACAAGUCCGCUGUGGGGUCAGAGUUCAAGAGGGGGAGUGUCUGAUGACGAGGACACGUUGGACGGUCUGAGCGUGCUUUCGUCGGAGAGUGGUGCGGGACUAGAGCUGGAUCACGAUCUCUCCUAUGAUUACGACCUGUCACCUUCGACCUCUAUUCUCGAUGUUGGAUCACUUUAAAUCUGUCGCACGUUUCAAAUUUUCAUUCACCAGAACAAUCACUAGAGACCUGACUGAUCGUUAGCUGUUCUCUCUCAUUUUUUGUGCAAUGCAUUUUUUCACUUACUGAGAUACUUUUGUUAUCUCUGUG